AUGAAGAUUGUUGAAGAAACAAAUAGAUUUGCACACCAGCAAGGGGAUCACCUAAACAAUGAUGUCAGAAAGAAAAGGAGACUGCUGAAAUAUAGUGAUGUUACCCUUGAAGAAAUUUUAGCUUUUAUUGGUUUAACUAUUUCUCUGGGUAUAACUUGCUUACCAUCUGUUACAGAUUACUGGUCUACCACUCCUUCACUUCAUUUUCCCUGGUUUUCUUCAAUAUUUUCCAGAGAAAAAUUCCUAACUAUUGCUCGCUUCUUUCAUUUCAAUGACAAUACUAAUAACCUACCUAAAACUAAUCCUAAGCAUGAUAAACUCUUUAAAGUAAGGCCUGUGCUUGAUCAUCUACUAACAGCUUUUCCAGCUCACUAUAACCCUUCUAGGGAACUUUUUAUUGAUGAGCAAAUGUUGGGAACAAAAGGCAGAAUUUCUUUUAAGCAAUAUCUACCUAGCAAGCCUACCAAGUGGGGAAUCAAGCUUUGGGUUCCUGCAGAAGCCGUGACUGGAUACUGUUUAAAUUUUAGAAUAUACUCUGGUAAAGAGGGAUCUGCACCUUCCAAGAACUUAGCUAGCACAGUUGUAAUGACUCUGAUGGAAAAGUACCUUGGUAGGGGACACUCUCUCUUUACUGAUAACUUUUAUACUUCCCCAACUCUGUUUGAUAAGUUGCUUUCACUUGGUACUUAUGCUUGUGGUACUUGUAGGAAGGACAGGGCCCACUUCCCAGACAUGUUUCCAGGUAAGUUAAAAAGGGGAGAGUCACAGUUUUUCAGCUGUGGCUCAAUGACAGCUGUGAAGUGGACUGAUAAAAAAGAUGUUUAUGCUCUUUCUACAAUGCAUAAUGCUACAGUAAAGGAAGUGACAAGAAGACAGGGUGAUAUGACUAACAAGCCACAGAUAAUCUUGGAUUACAACAAGUUUAUGGAAGUGGUUGAUCUUAAUGAUCAAUUUCUUAGCUUUUAUUCCAUUCCAUGUAAAAAUGUCAAAUGGUAUAAGAAGCUUUUCUUUAGACUUGUUGACCUGUCUAUUGUUAAUUCUUUUAUUCUUUUCAAUCAGGUAACUAAAAAUAGCAAGUACAAACAGAAGGACUUUCCUUUACAAUUAGUAGAAUCCCUCGUGAAACCUUUAAUUGAAAGUAGAGGAGGGCCUUCUUGUUUGUCAAGUAUCCGUUCACCAGUUCUGGUAGAUGCACAGGAACGGUUCUCACCUGGGAAGCAUUUUCCAGCAUUUGCUGAAGAAAAAAAAAG